GGUGCUGCUGUAGAUGGUGGUUAUUCCGAUUGGAGUGAGUUUUCUGAGUGCAGUGCUACUUGUGGAGAAGGUUUGAGGAUUCGAAAGCGAUCGUGCAAUAAUCCAGAACCUAAAAACGGAGGGAAAAACUGUAAUGACUUGGGAGCAGACACGGACACCAAAUCUUGCAACUCAUUUCCUUGUCGUGAGUGUGUUUAUUUUUGAUAAAUAGAAGUAUCCAGGUUGGCAACUUGAGUCUAGGAUUGACUUAGAAGGGAUUUAAAAAUGACGAAUAAUUUUUAUAUUGAGAUGUCUUUGAUUGAGGGUCGGAAAUAACCUUAUCUGCUUUGGUUUUGUAUUACUUUACUCUAUGAUUGGUCAAAAAAUACUCGCGCUAACCUCUCUCUAACCAAUCAGAGGCAAAACUAUUCCUUUUAACUUGUAUUUUCCUUGCUUCAGAAAGUAGUUUGGUUUUUUUACAGCCAUUUCUCUACUUUUUUUGUACCACUUUUAACAUGUACUACUCACUUUAGCCGUUGAUGGCGGUUAUUCUCAAUGGUCGAACUUCACGGAAUGCAGUAUCAGCUGUGGAGGAGGUGGAAUCCAGAGUCGCUCGCGAAAAUGCAACAACCCUUUGCCUUGCUGUGGUGGAAUGAACUGCGAACACUUGGGACCAAGUACAGAGACAAGAGCAUGUGGCGAAUGUGCCUGUGGUAAAUCAAUGAUCUACUUUAGUUGGUCAUUUUUUGAUAGCAACGACGACAAAUACUAUUACAAAGGAUUUCAAACGACGAUACUCCAACGACGAUACUCCAACGACGAUACUCAAGCUCAAUAUGACAACAGUGACGAUGUUUUCAAAGAGGAUGACGAUUUGUUAACUAUGAUAGUGUCGUUGACGACAAAGACAAGGAUGAUGGUGACCUACCCUUUUCCUAACCGAACAACAGUCAACUAAAAACAAGUUAAGGUUAAUUUUUAGGUUGGGGGGGGUAGGUGCGCACUUGCUCAGAUUUUUAAACUGACCCUAACGAUCGAUGACGAUGGCUUUGACAAUGACAAUGACGAGGCGGGAGAUGUACUGCGACAAACACGACAUAGAUAAAUAAGAUUGUGUCGAGGACAACGACGAUACGAAUGUCGAUGACUGACUGUAGUUUUUUUUGGCUUCAGAUAUCGACGGUAGCUGGAGUGAGUGGUGUGCCUUCACACGCUGCACAGUUUCAUGCGGUGGUGGGAUGAGAAUCCGUAACAGAACUUGUACUAAUCCUCCCCCAUCAGGCCUUGGUCUCGAUUGUGCCGGCCCAGCUGCUGAAUUACAGAUAUGUAAUACUGAGUCAUGCCGUAAGUGUCAGAGAACAAAAUUUGUAAUUGCGAAUUAAGAGACACGCAUAGAUGACGUCACCAUUCGUAACAUUUUGCUUUUUCAUUGUAUGAAAAAUAGAUUUCAUGUUGCCGAGGGUCUGUUUUGUAAUUUAUAUCACAGAUGAUGUCAAAACGUAGAAGGAGCAAAAUGGCAGCACACGAGAUGCAACCAAACGGGUGUCUCUGAUAUUCUCACCCCAUUUUGACAUCUUCUGGAUCUAUUACGGAACAGACCAACGACAACGUGGAAUCUAGUUGUGAACUAAUUAUUCGCUUUCCUUUGACAAUCCAAGAUAAUGCUAAUUACACCCAGUGGUCAGAGUGGUCUGAAUGCAGCGUCACUUGCGGUGUUGGAGAACAAAAACGUUCAAGAUCUUGCACCAAUCCCCCUCCUGGGCCAGGAAGGAAAAACUGUGUAGAAGAGCACUUAGGACCCGCUGAUGAGACUCAAAAAUGCAAACUAAAGCCAUGUCGUAAGUGAAUACGUACAAGAUAAGAAUUAAACGAUCGAAACAUACUAUUACUUGGAGUGUGCAUAUGAUAUUUUUAUUCCAUGAAAUGUUGUUUCCAUAGACUACUAGCAUUCCCCCUUUUUAGGCAAAAGUCCUCCGCGCGAAUCAAAAAACAUUGGCUACGAAAAAAGUUGACGUCAGCGCGCCUUCCGAGACUUAGGGAGCACCUGUAUAUUGAUUUUGAAUAGACAGCUGUUUCGAGAAAGUUUUCUGAAAAAAAGGACAAAAUUGCACGCAAAAAUUUUGAUUGGUGACCUGGGUAUUCGGAAAUCAAUUAUUUUUUAAGUCAAUUCAAAAUAUAAAUUUACCAAAGCCGUGAUGCCUUUUCCUUACAAAGACGUUUUCUCAGAUUUCCCUGAAAUGCCGAGGUAAAGGAACCGCAACCUGAAAACUACCCAUAUUACCUUUUGGGAUUGUCGCGUGCACUUUUCUUUCGAUAGUCUCUCUCAAAACAGCUGUUUGCAUAUGGAAAACCAUUCACAAGCGGUUGGAUUAAGUGCGUGCCAAAUUCGAUCGUUUUAGGAAUUGCCUAUGGCUCUCGACGUCAUUCCACUGAUAAAAAGUUUACCUGAUCCACUCAUAAGGCUCUGUAUUACUCUAUGACCUCCCUCCCCCCCCCUUCACUCCCCCCCGAAAACCAUGUGACCCCCAAAAUUUUUCACCCCUUCCCCCCUCCCCCAGUGACAAAAAAGACUGGUCCCUUAGUAUGUUACAUUGCGUUCUUAGAAGAGAUUCGUGUUCCGUUUAGCAAUAGACGGCAAUUAUACAGAAUGGACAGAGUGGUCUGAAUGCAGUGCGAGUUGCGGGGGAGGCUCCCACCUGCGAACAAGACAGUGCACCAGGCCACCUCCGAAAUACGGUGGACUUGAUUGCAAUGAACUGGGACCUGCUGAUCAGAGGCAACAGUGUAACCCAGACCCUUGCCGUGAGUUUCCGUUCAAUUCUUAUCUGUAUCAAUGACUUUGGCAACUUGACGAUGAAAGUGUACGAUGAUUUGACCUUCUCUAGUAAACUGUUACAAAGCUUUACUUUCUGCAAAUCUUUGAUUGUAGUUUACUUGCAAGAAAGAUCGAUUCUUCACCUACCAACCCCAUGUCAAACACUGAUUUGAGAUAUGAUCGCUACUGAAACAGCUCUCAGCAGAAAAAAAUAACACGAAGGGUUCAGUCUGAAAAUUCAUUUAAUCUUCGCCUUUCAAAAUGAGCGAGUUUUACCUGAAUCUUAUCAUUAGUACAUUCCCUUUGGCAAAGUUACAAGACAAACGAUUCUUGUCUAAGGUUAUGAAUAUCACAUGAGGUAAUUUUGGGGAGUAUGUCCUUACGAACAAAGCACGCUAUUUUCAAGCUUUCAAGUUUCCCUUCACAUACCAACUCGAAGACGCAUAUUUUUUUAAUAAUGCCUGCUUGAGCAUGAACUACUGAUCGGUUGAGUAUCUAGAAUAAAAAAAAUUCUCAAAAUUUAAAACUCGUCUGGGAAUAAAUAAGUUACCUAAGCUGCAAGUAUCCGGUCUAGUCAUUCAUCAUGAAGAAAAUCUGACCUAGUUAUACUAACGAGCCCUUUUCCGAGUGGACAGUGACUCGAAUCUUAUGCUAUACCUCUGCUCUUUUAAAGCGAAAACCAUAUAUCUUGAGGCCAGUUUAUUUUCUGAUGUUGUUACUUUCCCUUUUUUAUUAGCCAUUGACGGUAACUAUACUGAAUGGUCCGAAUGGUCUGAAUGUAACGUCAUCUGUGGGGGUGGAGUACAUAGCCGUUCAAGAACGUGCACCAAUCCCCCACCGAAAAACGGUGGAAACAAUUGCGAAGGGCUGGGACCAGUUAAUGACACACAGGCUUGUAACCCAGACCCCUGCCGUGAGUAGGCCAUCAUAGUUUACUAAAGAGACCUAAUAGAUAUUCAGAGAGUGAAUAAGAUUGGGAAGAUUGCUUUUAGGGAAUGUUCCUUGCAGGCAUUUCACAGGCCUGUGCCCAGAGCAUACGUUUUGGAUGAGGAAGAUGAACAAUUGGAUCAACUUUGGACAACGAGAUCACCUGUAAUAAGCAGGGGAAUAGUUUAUUGAAAACGACGAAUUAGAGUAAAGACAUUUUUAUGUUCGUAACUACUCAUGUUCAUAGGCGAUUAUAAUACCAUAUGAAUGUAAGUUAAAUUUAACGAUCAAUUUUAACUGAGAAAAUGUACCCACAUCUUUAAAAAGCGUCUUGUUUCUUUUACUUCGAGUAGCAAUCGAUGGUAAUUUUUCCGAGUGGUCUGAAUGGUCCGACUGUAGUGCUACAUGCGGCGGAGGUUUACAAACACGAACGAGAAACUGCACCAAUCCCCUUCCGCAAUACGAAGGAAAAGACUGUGAAGGCCUGGGCCCCGCUGUCGAGACACAGUCAUGCGGCUCGGAAAAAUGCCGUAAGUACUUAACUGUGUACACAUGCUUCUCUUGUUUGAUUUACUCUUGAGGUGCUUCAACGGGCAUGUUAGCUUUCGCUUUGCUUGAAGAAGAUAAGCAAAGCAUCAUUUGAAAGGUCAUGAUGAUGAAUGAUUUUUGAUUGUGACUCUUUACCAGGUUUAUACAUCUAUUUAACAACAAUGAAUAUUGUAAAAUCUCUUUCUUCAGAAUAUUCUUGUUGCUUAAAAUAGUCGUUAAGAGACGGGUCCUUAUUUAUUGCCUGGAGGGGGAAGAAGGGUAGAGUUGAAGGAAUUUGGUCGUGUCACGAUAACAUCCCUACCUCAGGCUUUGUCAUAUUCGUAUCCAACCCCCCCCCUCCCCCUCACUAGCUCCCUCUUUACACUCUGUUAACGAUUGAUACCCCCUCCCUUCCCCCCUGAAAACCAUGCGAUCUGUUAUCUCUCCCAUCAGCAGCUUUUAGUAUGUAGUUUAGGUUUAGUUAGUUUAGGUUAGUUAGUUUAGUCAGGGAUAAUUGGUUGAUCUUGUAUCAUUUUAUAAUAUAUCCUGAAGGAUUUACCGUGUAUAUAUAAAGUUGCCAUUACCAUUACCAUCUCUCCCAGAAUCCUCCAUUCGCCAACCCCCCUCCCAACCUCUCCGGCGAUAAAAAUAGACUAGUCUCUAAGAAUUGUAUUUUUUCGUUAGCAAUUGAUGGUAACUACACUAAAUGGUCGGACUGGUCAAAAUGUAGCGUCACUUGUGGAGGAGGGGAACAGAGCCGCACAAGAACUUGCACAAAUCCCUCUCCUAUGCACGGUGGGAAGAAUUGCGAGGGCUUGGGACCAGCUAAUAACACGCAAGAGUGUAACCCAGACCCCUGCCGUGAGUAGUUAGAGCAUCUUUUCACUUCACAAGCAGUGAUCUUUUCUGCGAAAAUGAUCACGAGCUUUAAAACACUUACGUAUGAAUUGAAAUGCGUUUAAACACAUGUCAUGGUCAUGGUCAUGAUAUCUGCUUUAGAUGACUUUUUUUCUUGUGAAUAAACUUUCAUAUUAUAAAUGUUCAUAACCGUGAUAUUGGUAAUACUCUAAAAGUUUAUCAAUUGACGGACGAGACAACAGCAAUCUUCUCUACAGUCUUUACUGAGUUUGUGCCUCAGGGAUCAUUGUCAGUAUCUAAGCAAUUGCACUUGUUAUCAAAUGACUGAUCUUGAUUCUGUUUUAUUUUGAGUAGCAAUCGAUGGUAAUUACACCGAGUGGUCAGAGUGGUCCGAAUGCAGUGCUUCAUGUGGUGGAGGUUUACAAAUAAGAACGAGGAACUGCACCAAUCCUACUCCACAAUACGGUGGAAGAGACUGUGAAGGCCUGGGCCUAGCAAUGGAGACACGAUCAUGCGGUUCGGAAAAAUGUCGUGAGUAUUCAACCACGUCAGCUUGGGUGUGUUGUUUUGUUUGUUUGUUGGCUUUUUUUUUAGUUUGCUAACUUCUUUUUUAGUUGGCAGAUAAGCCUGUCCCGAUUUUGCCUAGCAACUUAUGAGCAACGUUUGGCGUUUGGAGCAACUUUUUGCUUUUUUAGCAUUCUCGGGCAAAUUUUGCUUAUAUCAAACACGAAAAAGUUAACGAUUUAAUUCAUGAAAAAACUUCACUUUAUACGAAUUUAUUAAAUGGUUACCAACCUUUUGAAUACUAUUGACCAUGUGUUUUGUUCCUUCAGACUUAAGAAUAUCCUUAAAUUUCGUCCAUAUUUGCGAGCAACUCUAUGCAGCUAAAUUUCAAGCUAUUUUCCACUACAGAUGUUAGCAUUUAUAGUGAAGAACGAAAAACAAAGCUUUUAAUUGACAUUGAUAAAAAAAAAAUAUCGACAAAUUUCGGUAGCAAUUUUUAAGAUUUAGCUAGCAACUUUUUGGAUUUUUUGCAAUUUUUUAGCAACUUUUCGGCAUUCCAGUGAGCAAAUUUCAAGCAUUUUACGAGCACAAUGGGACAGGCAUAUUUUGCAAUAGUUUAUUCGUCUGCAUAUAAGCCUUGACAUAAUUUUAUACAAAAAAUUAGAACUAUCAUUGUUCCGAUUAUUCGUAUAAAACUAUCUCUCUUUGAUGAGUAAGGAAUUAACACUUUUUAAUCAGUGGUUGCUUUUAUAACAGGAAAACAUCUUAACCCGCUCACUUCGGUAAAGAAAAACAAUAAUAAUUGUUAUUGGGGUUUUCCCUACUCUAAAUACAUUUGUCUCUGGCUGAUGUGUGAUUAUGUAGACAAACUGAACUGCUUCCCGCAAGAUAUACACUGUAGACAGGAACAUCAUGUGUUUGAGAUUCUCGGGAAACCGAGCAAAACUAAAUGUUUCCCUCGAACCAGACACUGGUUACAAAUCACGUGUAUUUUCUUUCGAUAGCCACUGAUUCUGGACAUUGUUUUUUCUUUUUCUUUCCAGCAAUUGACGGCAAUUAUACCAGUUGGUCUGACUGGUCAGAAUGUAGCGCCACUUGUGGAGGAGGACGACAAAGUCGUUUAAGAACCUGCACCAGUCCCCCUCCAAAGCAUGGUGGGAGGAACUGUUCCGAAUUCGGCUUGGCUGUUGACUCGCAAAUUUGUAACCCAGACCCCUGCCGUGAGUAACCAAUAUGACUCCACUUGCGAUAUACAAAGACAGGGAAUGAAACCUUUUGUUGAAAAAUUUGUCCAAUUACGAAGACACAUUGUUCUUAGUCUCAAAAAAGGCAUUUCUAAUUAUUAUCAAUAAAUUUUAUAGCCCACCUUGCAGCUUUUCUCAACACUUUGGACAAGUAAAUUCUACCCCCAGCUUAUAUGCUAAAGAUCGAUUAUUUGAACAGUGAACCAUUUAAAACUGUUAUAAGAGCUGUUAUCAAAAUUUGAAAGCAUACACUGCUGCAUUUGCAUUAAAGCUGAAACAACUAACGUAUUUCAAUUUCAAGUUAUGUUGUCAGUGAUAAACUCAUGGGGUACUGUUCAUGCUUAUACGUUAACAAACGAACGUACGAUUUUAUGAAAAAAAGAGAGAUAAAACGCGCAGAAGGUUUGGCAACGAGAUGAUGUCAUCUCUUACAGCAAUCGACGGCAACUAUACACAGUGGACAGAGUGGUCUGACUGUGGCGUCACAUGUGGUAGAGGUGUCCAGAAUCGAUCAAGAAGCUGCACUAAUCCACCCCCACAAUACGACGGGAAAAGCUGCGAGGAUGUGGGACCAGCCGAUGAAACGAAAGAAUGCAAUAAAAACCCGUGUCGUAAGUGAAUUUUGACUGACUCACAUGGCAAAGUCAUUCGUUAGACUUGACAAAUUCCAGGAGAGCAAUAGUGGUCGGGGAAAGACCGUGCUUAUCGUUUUUGGGACAAGGGGAAACAAAUUUUGAAGACAAACCCCUAAAUCGUACCUCAUUUGCGACUCUAUUUUGUCAAACAAGAGAUGGCAAUUAAAAGGUACUCGAUAUGUCGAAACUCUUUAUGGUGGCCAAUUUACACGCAUCAUCAACUCAGUUGAUGAAAACAAAUUAUCUUCCCUGAUAUCUACUAAUUUACACUGAUAUGAUUUAAUUGGUUACUUUUAUUCAAAAGCAAUUGAUGGAAAUUACACGGCAUGGUCCAAAUGGUCCGAAUGUUCUGUGACUUGUGGCAGAGGAUCAAGGAAUCGAUCACGAGAAUGCACCAAUCCCUCCCCACAAUACGGUGGAAAGGACUGCAACGUUUUGGGUCCUGCAAACGAUAUCCAAGAGUGCAACAAAUCUGCAUGUCGUAAGUCCUGUUCAAAAGCGGUUUUGAACGAUUUCAUGUUUUGUUACAUAAUUUAUAUGAUUAUGCUGUAUGACUGACAUUAGAUUUGAUAGAAAUCAUGCAGGAGGUACACUGGCAUGUUGUCUGACAGUCUGUCUGAUUGACUGACGUCUUGAUCGACAAACUCGAUCAGUUGCCUUACUGACUGAGGGAAUACUGACUCUUUCUCUCUUAGUUGCUGAUCCACUGACUCACCGACGGAAAACCUGAAAGACGAUGUAGUUCCAAACGGCUUUACGCUAUUAUUUCAUUUCAUCGACAAAACGAAACCAAGCGAAUCGAUAACAAGCACAAUAUAGAGCAAAGAAAAGCGAUCGAAGCGGUAAAAAAUGAUUGUGACUGAUUCACGCGGCACCAAACUAGUUUUUAACCGACACAGAAAUAAAACAUGAAUUCAAUGAAAAUAAUUGACCAAGCAAAUUAAAGUUUAAAAAUCCCAGAGAUUAUAAUCUCUUAGCAAAAUGCAAAAUAAAACCUAACUUGUGAAACAAAAUAUAUGGCUAAUUAACUAAAGAAACAAGAAAGGGUAAAAUAAACUAAGCAAAAAGCGAAAAGCACGAACAAACAUAAAGACGUUAUCCUGGCGCCUACAGACAGUGAUGCGGUCAGACAGACAGACAGACAAACAGAGUGACUGACCGAUUGACUGACCGACGGACUGAUUAGCUGAUUGACCGUCUGACUGUCUGACCGAAUGACUGCCUGACCGCCGUGACUGACAUAUCGAGUAAUUGAUUCACAAACUGACGCUCCGAGUCAAUGACCUACUGACUCUCUGAAAGACCCAAAAAAGAGCAGCUAAAUUUGCUUCUUAUUUUUAAAAAGCUCCGCCCUGCUCGGCUGGUCUCGAUGUUGGCAUCGUGUUGGACAAAUCAAAAAGUGUCAAGAUCGCCAAUCUUCAUAAAGUAAUCGAUUCACUGGUUGACCUCGUGGACAAGUUUGAGCCGGCCCCAGACAAAGAUCAUUUUGGUUUAGUUACGUUCAAUAGGAGAGCCCACGUUGAGUUCACGUUUACUGAGGAAGCUCGUUUCAGCAAAGAGCAACUAAAAGAAAAAAUAAAAGACAUGCCACGCACAUUGGAGCUUCAGACACGCACUGAUCUGGCUAUGCAGGCAGCCAGAGAUCAGCUUUUCUCGCCAUCUGGAGGAGACAGACCAGAUAAACCAAAUGUCAUGAUUGUACUCACGGAUGGAAAACCUACAAAACAACCCAAGGAUUUCAAGAUUUUCGCAACUGAGUUUUACCAGGACCCCAAGGUACAGCUUGUUCGUCCUUUGAUAGGUCUCGAUAACUUGUGCCAUCCUCUCGGCAAUCAGAUGCAAGACCAAAACCAACAGCAACCGAAAUUUGGUCGCCUGCGUUUUCCCACACACCAGGAAGUGUGCACGAAGAGUGUAGAGUGGUAGAUCAUGUGAUUUGAGCCUCAAAGUAAAUUCGUACACUGCCUGGGGUGCGGGAAACAUGGGAGACGAGGUUUCGAUUGCAGUUGGUUUUAGUCUUUCAUCUGAUUGGUCGAAAGGAUGGUGCAAGUUAUCUAGUCCAAUCACAGGGCGCAGUUAUGUUGGGGAGGAAAGAUAUUACCAUUAUCAGUAUUUUUUGUCAUCCUUAUUUUCUUAAAUCUUCAGGUUGCUGAUCUGUACACCGUUGCAGUGGGUAUUGGAACUGGCAUCAACAUAGCAACCUUACAUGAUAUAGCCGGUUCCAAUGGAAAUGUAAUCGCUGUAGAAAGCUUUGAUCAGUUAGAAGCGGAACUGAGUGAAAUUAAGGACAAAGUCUGUGGUAGG